CGGGGAGAUGGAUGAUGUAACCCGGGUUAGUGAGGCCGAACCGAGCUGCGUGUCCCGGGUUGGGCGUGACGCUCCGGACGAGGACGAGUCGACCGUGGAGGCUCACCUGGUGGGUCGUGGGUCAGAUACCAGCGUCUCUAAAUCAGAUAAGUUCCACAGGAGACGGACUAAAGUCUAGUUCUGUGGACUGUGGACCCGCAGAGCUGCCGAGCGUCUGAUGGAGGACGGGUCACGUCGUCGACACGAUCGUUUGUGUGGAUCUCGUCUCUCCUCCCGCCGUCGACACUGAGGCGUUUCUGAUCACAGAGAGUCGACCUGCAGCAGCCAUGUUUCCUCCAGAGUCCAGUCGAGCCUCGCAGACGCAGUUCGUCUCCACCGCCGCCGCCGUCGUGGUGGUGAUGAUGCUGUCGUUGCUGCCCGUGUCGGCCGUGGAACCGGAGACUUGUUUUUCCAGACAACACCAGAGCGUCAGAGUCAACGUGCGACUGGCCGUGAACCGAGCGGGGACGCUCAUGGACACUCGGGUGGUCGCCUCGGAGCGGGACUGCGUCCUCGUCUGCUGCUCACAGGAAGUCAAACCAGGUGCAAAGUGCAACAUGGCUGUUUUCAACGGCAACAAAGCGUCCAGCGAUGGAAACUGUCUCCUGUUCCACUGUCCGUCGGAGCAGGACUGUCCACUGAUGAAGGCUCAGGGCGGAAUCAACACCUACGACAUCUACAAAGGGUUGAUUCAUCCGACCACAGUGAGACCUGUCACCGCCACAGUCACACAACCAACCACCACUCCCUCUACACCAACAACACCAACAACAACUACACCUACAAUCACCACCACACAAAGUACAACAAAGACCACACAACCCACCACAACAACAACAACUACCACAACCUCACCGCCAACCACACAGGCACCAAACACCACCACAACGCCUCCACCCAUCAUCAUCAUCGCCACCAUGCCUGCAAUAACUCCAUCACCCACCACCACAACGACAACACCAACAACAACAACCACGACAACAACACCAACCACAAUAACAACACCAACCACAAUAACAACACCAACCACAACAACAACAACAACUACGACAACAACACCAACA